AAAUAAAAAAUAAAAAAUCUCAUAAAAGCGUAAAAAAGUUGAGAAUAAAAAAUAGGCAGCGCAAGCAAAGGCAUUAGGGUUGAUCGAUUCGGUUAGAAGAGAAGAAUUUGGUGUUCCAAAUUGGAACCUAUCGUUGUCGUAGCUAUGGAUUCUCUGCUAGCAAACUACGCCUCUUCAGAUGAAGAAGAUGAAUACCAACAACAACAACAACAACAACCAAUCCCAUCCAAAACGACGUCUUCUUCUUCUUCUUCCUCUCUCUUUUCUAUUCUCCCUCAACCUAAAUCAUCAUCUUCUUCCUCUUCCCUCUUCAAUUCCCUCCCCCCUCCCAAACAACAACCCUCUUCCGAUACUCCUAUCGACGCACCCUCCAAUUUCACCCAAAUUUCUUCCCUUCCUAAACCUAAAUCCCAAAUUCACCAACAACCACCCAAAAGGGUCGUUCAAUUCAAACCCCCAAUUAUUCCAUUACCAAAACCCACCCAACUCGAAGAUGAAGAUGACGAAGAGGAACGAAAUAGAAGAAGAAAGAUGGAAUCUUCUAUUCAAACUCCAUCUGUCAAAUCGUUUUUAUCCACCAUUCCAGCACCUAGAAAUUCUUCCACUCUUGGUGUUCAAUCAAGCUCUGGUUCUGGAAGAAGAUCCAUCCUUGAAACUAGUACACCGGCACCCGAGACAAGCUCCGGUGGUGGUUCUGCCUCCGCUGCCGUGGAGAGCAAUGUUCCUGUUGAGCAAAAUACUGGGGAUUAUGAGAAUUACCAAUAUGCCACUGAUCAGUAUGAUAGUUAUGGGAAUUACCAAUAUUCUGCGGAUCAGUAUGAUGGUUCCGGUGCUAGCACGGGUACAGCUUCUAAUAGUGAUGGAUAUGCAAGUUACGGUGGUGCUUAUGAGGAUUAUGGGCAGUAUGGGAAUAAUUGGGUUGAUAGGUCGGGAGCGGCAACCGUGGUGCAGCCAGAGCCUUCUGGGAUUAGUGAGAGUAUGUUGAAGUUUACUGGGAAGAGAGGUAGGAAGGACGUUCCUGUGGAAGUGAUCGAGGUGAAGCAAGAUGAGCUGAUUAAGAACAGACCAAGAGAAGAUCAAUCCAAGCUAACUGGGUUAGCUUUUGGACCUUCUUACCAGCCUGUUUCGGCAAAGGGAAAGCCUUCAAAGCUGCUUAAGAGGAAGCAUCAAAUUGGUUCAUUGUACUUUGAUAUGAAACAAAAUGAAAUGAAGCUUGCGGAACGACGUGCAAAGGGCAUGCUUACCAAGGCUGAAACUCAAGCGAAAUAUGGAUGGUGAUGUAGGGGAUGAUGGCAUGAUGCUGUAAUUUUAUGAACUUCCAUUGUAACAUGAUUUAUUAAGAUAGCUUUCAAAUGUAGCAGCAGCCCUUGUGUUUUACUGUUCUGUAUGUAUAAAUUUACAGAUUCUCUCUGUUUUUUUCUUUGAUGACUGAUCUGAUUCACUCUGUUUUUCAGUGCAAAGGGUGAGAUUAUAAUAUAUUAUUUACUGUGGAUUUUUGUACGUAGAGUUUAUUCCUUGUGAUGAAUAAAAUCACAUUUCUUUCUUUUGAA